GCCUGCCUGUCGGUACGGUGUAUCUUCCUGUCCGUAGCCGUCGUGGCUCAGGGUGCAGCCGCGGCCAUGGCGGCAACGCAGCUCCGCCACGCCGCCGCCCGGCGUGCUGCCGCGGGCGCGCCCCGCGCGUUCGCGGCCGCCAGCGCGGCGGGCCUGCAGCCGCUGGAGGAGGCCGUGCGGCUCAGGGUCGCGCCCAUACUCCUGGGCCUUGGGCAGGCGGGCGAGAAGCCCGCGCGCGUGGCCGUUGCGGGCCACCAGUCCAUCGACUUCGCCGCCUCGCUGCGCGGGGCCAGGUCCACGGGCGCGGCCGUGAUCCCCGUGGACCCGCGCGGCUGCCGGGCUGACGAGCUCUGCCGCCGCCUCGCAGACGCACAGGCGAGGCUGGUGGUGCUCGCGGGCGAGACCCCCGACAGCGAGAUCAAAGCCUUGCGUGACGCGGCCCGUCAGGUUGGCGCGCACGUGGCAUCGGUGCUGCCGCUGCGUGGCAGCGGCCUGCCACUGGAAGGUCCCUCGGCGCCGUGCGCCAGCGAAGCGGCGCCGCUGCUUCUCGCUUCUUCGGCCCCGGGAAGCCACGCAACCCUCACCGCAGAGGUGACACCCGAGGCGGUCGAUGCCCGCGUGGCUGCGGCGGUCGAGCUCUGGGGGCUGUCUUCGAGCGACACCGUGCUGUCGCUGGGCCUCCCCGCGGACUCCCCGGUCGGGGUGCUCGACGCGGUGGAGGCGCCUCUGUCCGUGGGCGCUUCUGUGGCGCUGCCAGGAAGGGCCGUCGAGGCAGCCGCGGGCGUGUGGCAUUUCUGGGCAGCCAUCCGCGACGAGCGCGAUGCCACGGUGCUGUUCCUCCCCUCCGACUGGUGCUCGCUGCUCCUCGACGCCCACGAGGGCCUCGCGCCCGGGCUCCGCGCCGAGCUCGCCGCUCGCUGGGCGGCCCAGCCGCUGCGGCACUGCGCCGCCGUGGCCCCCGCAGGGUCCGUGCCGUCCUCGCAGCUGGCCCAGCGCUGGCAGGAGAUCUUCCACUGCCCCCUCACGUGGUACUUUAGCUGCGCGGAGGCGGGACCCCUCUACACGGUGCAGGGCAGCGGCGGGGGAUGCAGCGUGUCCGGCCUGCAGUGGCAGGUAGCGCCAGACGGAGAACUCUGGGUCAAGGGCGACGGCCUCUUCGAGCGCUACUGCCAGCGGCCGCGCAGCUCCGCCGAGGCUUUUCGCGAGGAGGACGGCUUCUGCCGCACAGGUCACUUCGCUGCGGAGGACGUCGUUGGCGUUCUGCGGCCACGGCCGGCGAUGAGCGAGGUCGACAUUGGAAAGGAGGCGUAUAUGCACUUGUGCAAGGGUCCAGCGUCAGAGCCGUGGCCAAGGAUGGCACCUGAUUGGCGCGUGAAGAAGGUGCCCAUGAGAGUAUACGAGAAGUGGAGGGCAGCUUGGGGCGGACUACUACUCACGAAGAAGCACAACCAAGCGCACAAGGUGUACCAGGGCAAGUACAAGUGACGUGGCGCCGUGGGUCCCCGCGCGACCGUCCCAUCGAUCUCUUGUCAUCAGAAGAUUAUUAACGAUUGCCUCCCAUCCUCCCCUGCUCCACUUGGGGCAACCGGCCGUUUCCCGCGCGCUCCGCCGCCAGAGGAAUCACAUGCUCGAUAGUGGGACCGCAGA